CUGGCAGCACAAUGGUAAGCAAGAGAUCCAGCCCCAGACGACACGCGCACCAGACAGUUUGGCGUUGAGCUGCUCACAUGAUGGUCAUCCAUGCGUACCCGCACACUCAGCAUUGUCUGCGCCCGCACCGGAGCAGAAGCGAGGAGAACUCGCCGAAAGGGUCAGCAUCUAGCCGGCUGUCUACAGCCUCUCCAAGUACCAGCCCGCUCAACGGCACGUUCUACGUUGGGAGCGUCGUGGCGAGCGGCGGUGACUUCAAGAAUCAUGAGACCACGACGGCCAUGACGGCCACGGCGACCACGACGACCAUGCGGGCGCGUCGCCUUGUCGAGUCACGCGAGGAAUAUAGCGCACAUUGGGCACCAGGCUCAUUAGAACGCCCGGAUGGCAAGUACAAGGCGCGCGGUGCCAUCUGGGCUGCCUCCUGCCAGCCCCCACCGCCACCCCCGCCGAUCUUGUCGAGAACGAGCGGAGGGAUCAACUCGGCACCGUCGUUGCAGAGCAUAUCGACGAGCGCAUCUUGUGUGAGCAUUAGCUCGAAGCUAGCGAGGCUCGUCGUUUGA